AUGAGUAUUCUACGGGCGAAAACUUCCGGCGCUCAACAGCAUGAAGAAUUUCGAAUGGCCUUCAAAUUAUCAUAUAUAACGGGUCGCCAGGAUAACAAUGUCCUUGAAGUCACCUUGGCUGCUGGUCAGAACGCUGUAGUUCAUGCUACGGUCAAAAACACCGGAACUGAGGCCUUGAAUUUGUUGAAAUAUGGAACACUGUUUGACUCUGCUCCUGUUCAAAAGGUUGAUGUUUAUGAAGGAGAAAAUGCUGUUCCAUUCAAAGGGAUCCUCCGUUCCAUUCAGCGCACAGACUUAGCCCCCGAAGUCUUCCACACUCUCGCAGCAGGUGAAACUUUUGAAACUACCUUCAACGCAGCCGAAGUCCACGACCUCUCCAGCACAAACUACACCUUCAUUGCCGAAGGGACUAUCCCCGUCGCCCCCGUUGGAUCCACCAAAAUAAGCGACACCAUUUUCUUCAAAUCCAACACCCUCACCAUCCCUGUCGAUGGCGCCGCCGCCCAAUCCAUGGCCAAAGCAAUCCCUGCCUCCAUCGACCGCCGCACCAUCCUCCAAUCCGGCUGUUCCACGACCCAAAAGACCCAAACUACCCAAGCACUUUCCUACUGCGCCCAGCUAGCGCGCGCUGCCUCCACAGCCGCUUCCUCCGGCUCCGCAACAAAAUUCUCCGAAUACUUCAAGACUACCGCCGCCGCUACCCGCUCUGUCGUCGCUGCUCGUCUCUCCGCCGUCGCAUCACAAUGUUCCUCGCUUACAUCCGGAAGCACAACGUACUACUGCACUGAUAUCUAUAAUUACUGUUCUUCCAAUGUUCUCGCGUACACGAUCCCUUCCACGAAUGAAAUUGUCAAUUGUCCACUUUAUUACUCGGCGCUCCCGACUCUUUCGGGAACUUGUCAUGCGCAGGACAGGGCUACCACCAGUUUACAUGAGUUUACUCAUGCGCCUGCGACUUACAGUCCUGGAACCGCGGAUAAUGGAUAUGGUUACUCGGCGGCUGUCGCGUUGACUAGUGCAAAGGCCGUGUUGAAUGCGGAUAGUUAUGCGCUUUAUGCUAAUGCUAUCUACGUCGGAUGUUAG